AUGGUAUUGGAAUUUCGUGCAUGGCGAAGCGCCUUACCAUUUGCUGCCAUGGUAAUGGUUGAGUGCGCAGAAGUUGGAGUAUCAACCAUAAGCAAAGUGGCCAUGUCAAGAGGGAUGAGCCACUUUGUCUUCAUUGUCUACUACAAUGCCCUUGGUACCCUCAUGCUUCUCCCAUAUUUCAUCUUCCAAAGAAACAAACGAGCUCCUUUGAGUUUCAAACUCAUUUGCAGAUUCUUCCUCCUUGGCCUAAUAGGGAGUUCAGGGAAAAUUUUGUUCUUUGCUGGUGUCAAAAGCAGCUCACCUACUCUUGCAGCAGCAAUGGCAAAUCUUACCCCUAUAUUCACUUUCUUGUUUGCCAUAAUUUUCAGGAUGGAAAAGCUAGAUUUGAGAAAACCAACCAGUCAUGCCAAAUCCUUGGGCACCAUUGUAUCAGUGUUAGGGGCAUUGAUAGUGACCCUCUACAAGGGCCCUGCUCUUUUGAAGCCUUCUUCCUCACCUUCUGGCUUGACUCAUCAUCAGCCUCGCCUCUCACAGCAACAUCAUCAGCCUCUCCUCUCACAACGAUCAAACUGGAUCUUUGGAGGACUUCUACUUGCAAUUCAAUGCCUCGUAUCUUCGACAUGGAACAUUGCGCAGGCAGCGGCUGUUAAGGAUUACCCUGAGGAAAUGACCAUAGUCUUCUUCUACACCCUCUUUUUGACCUGUCAAUGCUCAGUUAUCUCCUUAAUUGUGGAAAGGAACCCAAAUGCAUGGAAAUUGAAGCCUGGCAUUGAGAUGAUUGCUAUUGUGUACGCGGCAUUCUUUGUGAGUGUCUUCCGCAUUGGUGUUCAUGUCUGGUGCUUGCACAAGAAGGGUCCUGUUUAUGUAGCCAUGUUUAAGCCCUUAGGAAUUGCUAUUGCAGUGGCCAUGGUGGUUCUUUUCCUUGGCGACGCUCUUUAUCUUGGCAGUGUGAUUGGAUCUUUUGUGAUUGCGCUUGGAUUUUAUACCGUGAUAUGUGCACAAAUCAAAGAAAAGAGGAUGGCUCUUGACAAUGGAGCUCAAAUAUUGGAACCAUCCACCCAGACCACUCCUCUGUUGCAAAGUAGCAGUAUCAAUCAAGUAUGA